AUGCCUUCUAAUGGAUAUUAUAAUGUAUCUAAUUUACAUCUAAUACUUACUAGUUUGAUAUAUUUAUUUACACAAUAUCAAAAAUGUUAUUCAUUCACUGCAAUAGCUCCAACUCCAUCACCAUCUUCAUCAUUAUUAUAUGAAGGUGCAAUAAAUAUUACUUCUCAUAUGUCUGAUGAACAACGUCUUUUUUAUAUAAUAAUGACAGGCUAUGAAAAAGCCGUAAGACCAUUGAAAAAAUCAUCUGAAGCUGUUAUUGUCAAACUUGGUAUUACACUGACACAAAUUUUAGAUAUUGAAUGGAACGAUGCAUAUUUAAAAUGGGAUCCAAAAGAUUUUGGUGGUUUAAAAAGAAUACGUAUACCUUGUCGUCUUAUUUGGUUACCUGAUAUUGUACUAUACAAUUCGGCGGAUGAUUAUACACAAGGAUAUAUGCAAUCAUUAGCAAUGAUUGAUUUUAAUGGUACUGUUUUUUGGCCGCCUAUUGUCAAAUUUCGAUCGACUUGUAAAAUAGAUAUUACUUGGUUUCCUUUUGAUGAUCAAUUAUGUUUUUUAAAAUUUGGUUCAUGGACAUACGAUUCUACACAACUUAUAUUAACAAAUCGAUCAGAAAAUGUUGAUAUGAAUAAUUAUAUUGAUAACGGUGAAUGGAAAUUAUUAGCAUCAUGGACAAUUCUUUCAACGUUAACAUAUCCAUGUUGUGCAGAAGCAUAUCAUGAUUUAAAAUUUUAUUUUCAUAUACGUCGUCGAACAUUAUAUUAUACAUUUAAUGUUAUAAUUCCAUGCAUAAUGUUAUCUGGAUUAACAUGUUUAACAUUUUAUUUACCAACAGAAUCUGGUGAAAAAGUUUCAUUAGGUUUAACUGUACUUCUGUCAUUUUCCGUAUUCAUGUUAGUAAUUGCUGAAUCAAUGCCAGCUACAAGUGAAUUUGUUCCUUUGAUUGGCAUUUAUUUUACAUUUGUAAUGGGUUUAACUAGUCUAUCAGUAUUAUUAGCUGUUGUUUUACUUAAUGUUCAUUUAUAUGGUUCAGCUUUGAAACCAGUACCACGUCGAUUACGUCGAAUACUUUUUUCUCAUAUUGCACCAUGUUUACAUGUAAAAUUACAUCGUACAAUAACAACAAAAGAUAAAAGAAAUACUCAGUGUGCAUCAACAUCAGCAUUACGACGUUCAACAACAAUUUAUAAUGCUGUUUUUCUUAAUGAAAAUGAUCUUUCAACAAAUUCUCAACCAUUAUUAUCAUCACCGUCACAUGUAUUACAUUCAACAACAAUGACUGAAAAUCAUACAGCACCGAUGAAUUCAGAAACACAAAAUAUACUUUCAACAUCAACAACAUCAAAUAUAAAUUCAACACGACAGUCGUUACAAGAAUGUAAACGUCUUCUUUAUGAACUUAAUCGUCUUAUUCUUCGUCCAGGUGAAACACGUGAAGAAGAUACUAUCAUACGUGAUUGGCAAAAUGUAGCCUUAGUUAUUGAUCGUUGCCUUUUUUAUACAUAUCUUCUAUUAACAACAAUAUUAACAGUAUUUACCUUACUUUUAGCACCAUUAUUGAAAACCAUCCCGACACCACCAGAAUAUUUUCGAUUAAAUAUGACCAAAGAAUAA